AUGAAUUUUGAAUUUGAGAGGGAGAUCGGGUUUAUAAAUAGCCAGCCUUCGCUCGCCGAGUGCCUGACGUCUCUCCCCGCUGUCCUGGAAACAUUUCAAACUUCAUCAAUCAAGGACUCGACGUUCAUUCCUCCUCCUUUCGAGCAAAGCGUCCUGCGAAGCCUCGCUCCUUGUUCGGGCAGGAGCCCGAGCCGAGCCCCGCACGGCCCGGCCCGGCCCGGCCCGGCCCAGCCCGGCCCGCGGGCAGCGCAAUUCCCCUGGAUGAAGGAGAAGAAAUCGUCCAAGAGAAGCAGCCAAGCUCCGGCCGCUUCAUCCCCACCAUCCUCAUCAUCCUCGCUGCCGGUGCCCGCCGCGGGAUCUCCCGCAGAGGCGGCGGGGCUGGCGGACGGCAGCGGCUCCAGGAGGCUCCGCACCGCCUACACCAACACGCAGCUGCUGGAGCUGGAGAAGGAAUUCCACUUCAACAAAUACCUGUGCCGGCCGCGGCGCGUGGAGAUCGCGGCGCUGCUGCGGCUCAGCGAGCGCCAGGUCAAGGUGUGGUUCCAGAACCGCAGGAUGAAGCACAAGCGGCAAACGCAGCACAAGGAGGAGCGGCGCGCAGGGAGCGCGGGGAGGCGCGCAGGGAGCGCGGGGCAGCGCGCAGGGAGCGCGGAGCGCAGGAGCGCAGGGAGCGCAGGGAGCGCAGGGAGCGCGGGGCAGCGCGCAGGGCGCGAGCGCGCGGGCGCGAGCGCACCGCCAGGAGCGGGGCAGCGCGCAGGAGCGGAGCGCGAGGCGCGCGGGGCGGCGCGCGGUUCCCCGCGGCUGCCGGAGCUCGGCGCGUUCUCGGCGGGGCCGCGCCCGGAGCUCGCCCAAGGGUUCUGCGGCGGCCCCGAUGCUCUGGAGAGCCCGCUGCGCUUCUCCGAGGAGGAGCUGGAGCUGUUCGGCAGCGCGCUCUGCAGCAUGGAGCUGCGCCAGCUGGGUUUGCCCUGA